CGCACGCGCCCGCCGCGCUCCGGGUGCCGCGGAGGAGGAGGAAGAGGAGGAAGAAGAACAUCGGGAGCGAUGGACAGCGCGGGGAAGGAGCGGGAGGCCGUGCAGCUCAUGGCCGAGGCCGAGAAGCGGGUGAAGGGCUCGCACUCCUUCCUCAGGGGACUCUUCGGGGGCAACACCCGCGUGGAGGAGGCCUGUGAGAUGUACACCAGGGCUGCCAACAUGUUCAAGAUCGCCAAAAACUGGAGUGCGGCAGGGAACGCCUUCUGCCAGGCAGCCAAGCUCCACAUGCAGCUGCAGAGCAAGCACGACUCGGCCACCAGCUUCGUGGAUGCCGGGAACGCCUACAAGAAAGCGGAUCCGCAAGAGGCCAUCAACUGCUUAAACGCAGCCAUCGACAUCUACACCGACAUGGGACGCUUCACCAUCGCCGCCAAGCACCACAUCACCAUCGCCGAGAUCUACGAGGCCGAGCUGGUCGACAUCGAGAAGGCCAUCGCUCACUACGAACAGGCCGCGGAUUAUUACAAAGGAGAGGAGUCCAACAGCUCAGCCAACAAGUGUCUGCUGAAGGUGGCAGCCUACGCAGCGCAGCUGGAGCAGUACCAGAAGGCCAUCGAGAUCUACGAGCAGGUGGGGACAAACACGAUGGAUAACCCUCUGCUCAAGUACAGCGCCAAGGAAUAUUUCUUCAAAGCCGCCCUUUGCCACUUCAUCGUGGACGAGCUGAAUGCCAAGCUCGCACUGGAGAAAUACGAAGAAAUGUUCCCGGCAUUCACAGAUUCCCGGGAAUGCAAGCUAUUGAAAAAACUGCUGGAAGCCCACGAGGAGCAGAACAGCGAGGCCUACACCGAGGCAGUGAAGGAGUUCGACUCCAUCUCCCGGCUGGACCAGUGGCUCACCACGAUGCUGCUGCGCAUCAAGAAAACCAUCCAGGGGGAAGGGGACGGGGACCUCAAGUGACGCCCGCGGGAUCCUCCCCGCCCGGCCGAGGACUAUUAUGGGAUACCUGGCCCAUUCCCCCCUUCCCGCUUUAUCCCGUCGCUUCCCACUCCCAGCGCCCCGUGUGCUCCUUUAGCUCCCGCUCGUCGUGGUGAGGCCGGGCGGCUCCGGCGGAUCCGAGGCGGGAGCCGCUUCCUCCUCGGCUCUGGUGCUGCUCCGCACUCGCAGCUCCCGGUUUUCCCGCUGUUCUCCUGAUUCCAGCAUGUAACACCUUUGGUCCAGGCCAGCACAGCACAAGUAAUCGCUUCCGACCCGUUGUGUUGUUCCCAUUUUCCGGUUCUCGGUGGCCCUCUGUUGGAUACACUUGGAUUUGGGGUCCUUUAAGCUUUUUCUUCCCCGGUGCUAGUGAGAGGCUUUGGGAUUUGGGAACUCCUACACACCCCCAACAUGCUGCCCUAGUGCCGGAGGCAUUCCAAGGCUCGGGAACAGGAGCGCCGGGAUCGCUGUUGACCCUCACAGAGCCCCAGUUCAGGGUUGGUUUGUAUCUCAAAUGUCCAGCGUAGGGUGGAUGGAUUUCCCACUCUAUUUUGUGGUGUAUCCCGUCCCUCCACCCCCAAAAUAACUCCACACGAGUAAUAAUCUAUUUUUCUACCUUUCUCUCCGCGUUCCUUGCUGGAACGUGGGUGCCAGGUGAGCACAGUUUCGCUUUGGAAAGGUGGGAGACGCGUUGAAAAAAUUCCUGCUGGAAUUUAGAGGUGUGUUUGGAACCACGUGGGGAAGGAGAGAGGAUCGAGCUGCCUCUUUUUUUCAUGGAUAUAUGGGAGUCUGUGCAAUCUGUCUGUUCCAAGAGUGAGGAAGUCAUUCAUUAAGGGCUGUUGUGGUGGGUCCAGGCAGCCCCAGCCCCUCGUUUCUCUGGAAAAAGGGACAAUUUUGGGGGUGGUCUGCACUUUGCUUUGGUAGGAGUUUCGGUACUGGGAUAGAGCAGGGCUUGGCUUGGUGGGUGUCACUCCAGGAAGUGGUACUUGGUCUGUGCCACGAGCUUCUGAAAACCAAAAAAAAAACCUGAUCCAUGCCAAAUUAUUAUUGUUGUGAUGUUUCCCUUCCUCCCCUCUCCCUUAUCUUCCACAGGCUGUUGUGUAAUCCCAAGGGGAUGGGAAAGCCCGGGUUUAGGAGGGCGGGGGGUGGGUGCUCUCCCAGCUCAGUGUAGUUAAUUUUCUCCCACCCUUAGCAAUGGCUUUGUUGUGUCCAGCACUGUCGGAGCCGGGAUUAGGGGGAGCCAGGAUUAGGGGCCAGGAGGCUCCACUUUUCCCAGUGUUUUUUUUUUUAGGCCUUGUUCCGUUCCCUUUCCCCGUUGUCAGUAUUAAGCACAGGGGCUGUAGGACGCAGGUGGAGCAGGAGGGUCUGUUGCUACCACCCCUACACCUGUUAGUUGUGUGUGAGUAGGCUCAGCAUGUCCUCCGGUGUAUCCAUGGUGAACUGUGACGGUUUCCAGGUGACAAUCCACCACUACUCUGCUGUAUUCCCCCCUUCCCCCUCCACUUCCAUCACUCUCUUACUCGGAAAAACUUAUUAAUGAAAUGGCCUUAGCAGGAAUAUCAUGUUUUGUGUGACUCUGUACAUGAAUAAAGUGAAAAUCAUGGAUGUAA